AGCGUCUAGGUCGCGUUCCGCCACACAUUCACAGAAAUAGAAGAAGACGUGCGGCAGUUUUGCUGAUUGAUGAUCUGAGCUCUCCGACUCUACUAAUCAUCUUUACAUUCAAAUAUUUCUGACAGGGUUUUACCUCCACAGUUCCAUCUGAUCCGUUGUGGGUGUAUUUGAGGAGGUUAACUGCGUUCUCCUGUAAAGAUCAAGGCAUGACUGCUGUCCUGUUGCAGGUGUUCUGCUGUCUUGCAUAUGCAGUGUAAGUUUACCUCCACAAGAAUAUCAAGAGAUCCAACUGGGAUGAAAUCAGAUGAAAUUAAAUGUGAGGAUGUCGAACCCUCAGAGAGCUCCAAUCAUCACCAAAGCUCAUCUGAUUUUUCCCACAUGAACACCUCUCCCAAACCAAUUAAACAAGAAGUUCACCACUGCUCAUUGUGUGGGAAGAGUUUCGGUAAAAAGAGUUAUCUCAAACAACACCAAAGGAUUCACACAGGAAAUAAACCAUAUAACUGCUCACAGUGUGGGAAAAGUUUUACCAGCCAGAGUCAUCUCCAGCGACACCAGCUCAUUCACACAGGAGAGAAACCGUAUCAGUGUUUGCAGUGCAAGAAGAGGUUUAUUGAAAGUGGUAUUCUCAUAAAGCACCAGAGAAUUCACACAGGAGAAAAGCCAUAUCAAUGCUCACAGUGUGGGAAGAGUUUUAUACAAUUGAGUUCUCUCCAUAAACAUCAGCGCAUUCACACAGGAGAUAAACCGUAUCACUGCUUACAGUGUGGAAAGAGUUUUAAUCGAGAGGACAGUCUCCAAUUACACCAACGCAUUCACACAGGAGAGAAGCCAUAUUACUGCUCACACUGUGGGAAGAGUUUUACACAGUGGGGUUCUCUCCAUAAACAUCAGCGCAUUCACACAGGAGACAAACCAUAUCACUGCUUACAGUGUGGAAAGAGUUUUACUCGAGAUGACAGUCUACAAUUACACCAACGCGUUCACACAGGAGAGAAACCGUAUUACUGUUCACAAUGUGGGAAGAGUUUUACUUGCCAGAGUCAUCUCCUAAGACAUCAGCGCAUUCACACAGGAGAGAAACCGUAUCAGUGUUCUCAGUGUGGAAAGAAGUUUACACAGAGGAGUAAUCUCAAACAACACCAGCGUGUUCACACAGGAGAGAAACCGUAUCACUGCUAACAAUGUGGGAGGAGUUUUAGGACAAACAGAAAUUUUCAGCGACACAAGCACAUUGACAUACCUGAGAAUGAGGACAUGCUGCAAUUCUUUUUAGAAAGUGCUUAUCGCAUCAUCAUUAGAUAUAAAGUUAUCAUAAAGAUUUUAUCUGUUCAUAAAUUUUGGAAUUCUAAGACAGAAUGGUUAAAUAAUUGCUGAAAAAUUGUUAAAACUUUGGAUAACCAUGAACUAAAAUAAAUGGUAUACUUUGUUAAUUAAGAAGUCAGGAUUUGACCAGACAUGCAAUUACAGUCAUGUGGAAAAAAUAAGCACACCCCAUGCAAAUUGUUGGUGUUUUUGGCAUAUUUGGACAAGCAAACGUUUGAUCAUCUUUGAAACAGUGUCUAUUAAUAAAGUUGAUAUAUUUGAACAUAACCAUGAGAAAAAUUCGCUUUUUCAAUCAUUUAUUCAAAAGAAUUAUCAAUAGAUGUGAUAUUCUUCUGUGGAAAAAGUAAGUACACCCUUGGCCUCUGAAGCUUAUAUUGCCCCCUUUAGCAGAAAU